AGUUUGGCAAUGGAAAGCUGCGAGUUGUUUUUUUUCCUGGGUUUACGAGAACUGAGCUGAACUGGAAAAUGUUAUUUGCUUUAAUGAAACAAUUUACUCUUAUGCAACAUUAAAUUGUGUCAAUCAAGCAAAUAAAGGAAGAAAGCCUUAUUUAUAAAAUUGCCUGCUUCUGAUUUCACUUCAUUGCUUCUCGGCUCCAAGAGAGGGAAAAAAAAUGAAGAUUUUGUGGCUGAGUAUUUUUCUAUUUUUCUAUAGUACCACAGCCUGGGCAAAAGAUAAGCAUUAUUACAUUGGAAUUAUUGAAACAACUUGGAACUAUGCCCCUGACAAUGGGGAAAAGAAACUUAUUUCAGUUGACACGGAACACUCCAAUAUCUAUCUUCAAAGUAGCCCCAACAGAAUUGGAAGAUCAUAUAAGAAGGCCCUUUAUCUUCAGUACACAGAUGAGACUUUUAGAACAACUAUAGCAAAACCUGACUGGCUGGGGCUUUUAGGACCUAUUAUCAAAGCAGAAACUGGAGAUAAACUUUUUAUACAUUUAAAAAACUUUGCCUCUAGGCCCUACACUUUUCAUGCACAUGGGAUAACUUACCUCAAGGAACAUGAAGGAGCUAUCUACCCUGAUAACACUACAGAUUUUCAUAAAGCAGAUGACAAAGUGUAUCCAGGUGAGCAAUAUACAUACAUAAUGCAAGCCACCCAAGAACAAAGUCCUGGUGAGCAAGAUGGCAAUUGUGUGACCAGGAUUUACCACUCCCACAUUGAUGCUCCAAAAGAUAUUGCUUCAGGACUCAUUGGACCUUUAAUAGUCUGUAAAAAAGGUUCCCUGGAGGAAGAAAAAGAAAAAAAUAUUGACAAAGAAUUUGUGGUGAUGUUUUCUGUGGUGGACGAAAAUUUCAGCUGGUACCUAGAUGACAACAUUAAAACCUACUGCUCUCAACCAGAGAAAGUUGACCAAGAUGACGAAGACUUCCAGGAGAGUAACAGGAUGUAUUCUGUGAAUGGAUAUGCUUUUGGAAGUCUCCCAGGACUCUCCAUGUGUGCCGAGGACAGAGUAAAAUGGUAUCUUUUUGGUAUGGGUAAUGAAGUUGAUGUGCAUGCAGCUUUCUUCCAUGGCCAGACAUUGACUGACAAGAACUACCGUGUUGAUACAAUCAAUCUCUUUCCUGCUACCCUUUCUGAUGCUUUUAUGGUGGCCCAGAACCCUGGAGAAUGGAUGCUUAGCUGUCAGAAUCUAAACCAUCUGAAAGCUGGGUUGCAGGCCUUUUUCCAGGUACAAGACUGUCACAAGCCUUCAACAGAGGAUGACAUCCAUGGGGAAAAUGUUAGACAUUACCACAUUGCUGCUGAGGAAAUCAUCUGGAAUUAUGCACCCUCCGGCAUAGACACCUUCACCAAAGAAAACUUAACAGCACCUGAAAGUGAUUCAGAGGUAUUUUUUGAACAUGGUCCUACGAGAAUUGGAGGCUCUUAUAAAAAGCUGGUUUAUCGUGAGUACACAGAUGCCUCCUUCACAAAUCGAAAGGAGAGAGGCCCUGAAGAGGAACAUCUUGGCAUCCUGGGUCCUGUCAUUUGGGCAGAGGUGGGAGACACGAUCAGAGUCACUUUCUAUAACAAAGGAGAGUAUCCCCUCAGUAUUGAGCCAGUUGGGGUGAGAGUCAGUAAGAGCAACGAGGGUACAUACUACGCUUCCAACCCCCAGAGUAAAGGUGUGCCUCCUUCUUCAGCCUCCCAUGUGGGACCCAAAGAAACAUUCACCUAUGAAUGGACUGUCCCCAAAGAAGUGGGACCCACUUACAAAGACCCUGUCUGUCUAUCUAAGAUGUAUUACUCUGCUGUGGAUCCUACCAAAGAUAUAUUCACCGGGCUUAUCGGGCCAAUGAAAAUAUGCAGGAAAGGAAGCUUACAUGCAAAUGGGAAACAGAAAGACGUAGACAAGGAGUUCUAUUUGUUACCCACAGUGUUUGAUGAGAAUGAGAGUUUACUCCUGGAUGAUAAUAUUAAAAUGUUUACAACUGCACCUGAUCGGGUAGAUAAGGAAGAUGAAGAUUUUCAGGAAUCUAAUAAGAUGCACUCCAUCAAUGGAUUUAUGUACGGGAAUCAGCCUGGUCUCAAUAUGUGCCAAGGAGAUUCAGUCGUGUGGUAUUUAUUCAGUGUUGGAAAUGAGGCCGAUGUACACGGGAUUUAUUUUUCAGGAAAUACAUAUGUGUCAAGAGGAGAAAGGAGAGACACAGCAAACCUCUUUCCUCAAACAAGUCUUACACUCUCCAUGCAGCCUGACACUAAAGGGACUUUUGAUGUUGAGUGCCUCACAACUGAUCACUACACAGGUGGCAUGAAGCAAAAAUACACUGUGAACCAAUGCAGGCAACUGUCCGAGAAUCCAAACUUAUACCUGGGAGAGAGGACCUACUACAUCGCAGCAGUGGAGGUGGAAUGGGAUUAUUCCCCAAGUAGGAAGUGGGAAAAGGAGCUGCAUCAUUUACAAGAGCGCAAUGUUUCGAAUGCAUUUUUAGAUAAGGAAGAAUUUUACAUAGGCUCAAAGUACAAGAAAGCUGUCUAUCGACAAUACACUAAUAGCAACUUCCAAGUUCCAGUGGAGAGAAAAGCUGAAGAGGAACAUCUGGGAGUUCUAGGUCCACAACUUCAUGCAGAUGUUGGAGACAAAGUUAAAAUUGUCUUUAAAAACAUGGCCACAAGGCCCUACUCAAUACAUGCCCAUGGGGUGAAAACAGAGAGUUCUACAGUUACUCCGACUUUACCAGGUGAAACUCGCACUUACAUAUGGAAAAUUCCAGAAAGAUCUGGAGCUGGAAUAGAGGAUUCUGCUUGUAUUCCAUGGGCUUACUAUUCAACUGUGGAUCACGUUAAGGAUCUCUACAGUGGAUUAAUUGGCCCACUGAUUGUUUGUCGGAGACAUUACCUAAAAGUAGUAAAUCCCAUAAAGAAACUGGAAUUUUUCCUUCUGUUUUUUGUUUUUGAUGAGAAUGAAUCUUGGUACUUGGAUGACAACAUCAAAACAUACUCUGAUCACCCUGAGAAAGUAAAGAAAGACAAUGAUGAAUUUAUAGAAAGCAAUAAAAUGCAUGCUAUUAACGGAAGGAUGUUUGGGAACCUACAAGGCCUCACAAUGCAUGUGGGAGAUGAAGUCAACUGGUAUCUGAUGGGAAUGGGCAAUGAAAUAGACUUGCACUCGGUCCAUUUCCAUGGCCACAGCUUCCGAUACAAGCACAGGGGCAUUUAUAGUUCUGAUGUCUUUGACAUUUUCCCUGGGACAUACCAAACCCUAGAAAUGUUUCCAAGGACACCUGGGAUCUGGUUACUCCACUGUCACGUGACAGACCACAUUCAUGCUGGAAUGGAAACCACUUACACUGUUCUGCCAAAUGAAGUUCAUGAUUGGCAUAUGGAAUGAUGGCCUCUGGGCACCUCUCUAGCAGUGUGUCUAUACACUGUUCAUACUCUUUCAAACGCGUCUGACACAGAACCUGGACACUGAGGCCAGCAACACUGUCUUCUGAGAGUGGCUCCAAGAACGGAACAAUGGAAGCUAUGUCAAAUGAAGGACCACAUAUAAGAGACUAUGAACAGAAAAGUAAAAUGUUAUGGAAUGAGGCACCCAAAAAACUAAAGCACGGCAUACAGAAUACCAUUUUUUAAAAAGACUAAACUUCACUUGCAAAAAAUAUAAAAUAAGAAAAGAAUGAAAUGUUAGAGCACAUGCAUAUGAUAUUUAGUAUGUCUAAGUGGACUGAAGUAUUAAAUAAUAUUUAAACCAACUCUAGUUAAAGAAUAACAAUCUGUUUAAUAGAAAGCAAUCAUUUGUAAAAUAACAUGAUUUUGUUUGCUUUGGAUAGACUGCAAAUUAAAACUAAUGGGAAUGCUUUAGGACUCUAUCCUAAGGAAAUAAUCAAUUUUGGGGUCAAAGAGUUAUGUCCAAUGAUGUUCAUCCCAAGAGUGCUUAUAAUACUGAAAAA